AUGGAUACAAAACGAGAACCAGCUCCUAAAACUAUCAAAGAUAUUAAAAAAGAUUUUAAGGAAACACUUAGUACUAUGCCUAUCGAUAAAAAUGAAACAACAAUGCCGACAAAUAAAAAUAUUCAAUCAGGAGGACCAAAAACACCAGCUUCGUCAGUUAACACAACAGGAAAGUAUUGGAUGAAAAUUUUUAGUAUGUCACAACCUAAACCAACAUCAUCAUCUACAAAUGGUUCAACGUCAAAUGGAACUUCAAAUCAUCAACCUGAACUUGAUAUUUGUUAUAUUACACCAAGAGUAAUCGUAAUGACAACACCUCGUGACAAUUCAUCUGAUGUAUCAUCUCGUUCAACAGCUGAAUCAAUACGUGAUAUACUUGAUACAAAACAUCCUAAUUGUUAUAUGCUUUAUCUUCUUGAUCAAUCUUCAAACAAUGAAUCAUCUUAUCCAAAAGAAAUCUUUCAUAAUCGAGUUCUUGAAAUACCAUUAUUUGAUGAUAAACAAUCACCAUCUUUAGUUAGUUUAUUAUGGUUUUGUCAAAAAAUUACAUCAUAUUUACUUGAAUCACCAUCAAAUGUCGUUGUACUUGAUUGCAAUGAUGGAAAAAAUCAAUUAGCAUAUGGAGUAUGUUCAUUACUUGCAUAUCAUAAAAUCUUACCACAAGCUGAUCAAAUUAUUAAAUAUUAUCAACAUCAUCGAUCUUUAAAUUCAUCAUUAACAAUGUCACAGAAAAGAUAUAUUCAAUAUUUAUGCGAUUUAUCACAUGGUAUUAUUGAACAUCCACAUUUUAAUAAAUUAACUCUUAAAUCAAUAAAUUUAUCACCAGUACCACUUGUUAAUAUAAAAAAAAAUAGUUGUCGCCCAUUCAUUGAUAUAUAUGAUCAAGAACAUAAAAAGAUUUUUUCAACAUAUCAAGAAAUACCAAAACUUCGAGUUUAUUAUGCAUCGGAUACUUGUAUUACUAUUCCAAUAGAUCUUCAAUUUGAUGGUGAUAUAACAAUUCACAUAACACAUGCAGCACUUUGUGCUCCACGUCACACUCAUGAAGGUGGAGUUCGUAUAUGUGAAUUAACAGUAAAUUCAAAUUUUAGUACAUUAAAUCAUCCGGAAUUAUCAUAUUCAAGAAAUGAAUUAGAUGAAAUUGAUCAUAAUGAAAAAAAUCCAACUCUAUUUCGUAUUACACUAGAUAUUAUUAAUCAACAACAGUCGUCAAUCAAUCGACAAGAUUCAUUUACAAAAGAAUUAGAUAAAACAUUCAAACAACCGUUGGCUUUAUUUCGAGAUGAAGAUGAAUUAAAACAAAAAACAAAUGAUUUUAGUGAAAUAAUUGAUAAAAAAGAAGUUCCAGUAUCUCCUGCACCUGUUGUUGUUCAUCGUUUGUCAAAAGGAAAAGAAGAUUCAAUGUCAUCGCAAGGUAGUCGAUUUUCUGAUUCAUUUCCAGGUUUACCACAAUCUCCACAAAUAUUAUCUAAUCCUUUAUAUAAUCCAUUUAAACAACACGCGAAUACAAGUCCAAGAUCAUCACAAAUUCCUUCAUCACCAAUAUCAUUACCAAUCGAUGAUAAACUAAAUAAAGAAGAAAAUAAUACUGCUCCUCUAUUUAAAAUUAAUGGGGAUAGUCCAAAGAAUGGAGAGAUUUUUGUAAUAUCCCCAUCAACUGAUCUACAACAACGUGGAUUUUAUUCAAGUACGGAUUCAGGACCAAAUCUUCUUGAUGAUGAUCCACCCCAAGAUACUCCUACUUUACAAAAUAUAUUAUCACAAUCAACUUUACGCCCACCUAUAUCAGCAACAAAAAUUCCUACAACACAAAAAUCAUCGCCUGCAACUGAACCAUCUAUUACAAAAUCAACUAGCCCUGAUUACACUGUCACAAUGAAAACAGAUAUUCCUCCUCCUUCUCAACCAAAAUCAAGUAAUGAAAAAAUGUUUUUUUUAGAUACAUUUCAUAGACAUAAUUUAUCAAUAGAUACACGUAAAUCAAAACCACCUCCAACUGCUCCAAAACCAACAACCAAUUUUGCUUCAUUGUUGCCCGACGAUUUCUGUCUUCGGAAGGAUGGUCCACCACGAACGUUUAAAUCUGAAGCAUCAGGUGGAAUAGGUGAUUUGCAAAAAGCUGCAGUAGCGAAAGACAUUGAUCCAACAGUAUUGAAAGUUCGAGAAUGGACUGAAGGAAAAAAACGGAAUAUUCGAGCAUUAUUAUGUUCAUUAUCAGAUAUAACAUGGCCUGAAUGUAAGUGGGGUGGUUGUCAAAUGAGUGAAUUACUAACACCUGAUCAAGUUAAAAAAGUAUAUAGAAGAGCUGUACUUUAUAUUCAUCCAGAUAAACUUCGUGGUGAUCCAAAUGAACCAUUAGCAAAACUUAUUUUUGUUGAAUUAAAUGAAGCUUGGUCACAAUUUGAACAACAAGGGGUAUAA